AUGUCGCUGAAGCGCAAGGAGCCCGAGCCGAUCAGGCCGCCGACAGGGCUGACGCCAUCGCAGAAGAUCGAGGAGCUGAAGAGACAGCACAAGGCGCUCAAGAUGAACCUUGAGGUCCUCAACAUGAUGGGCUCUCAGGCGUUGAUGGUGCUGCGCGCGCCGCCCGAUGUUGUGGACGCCAAGGCGGUUCUGGACCGAUGCCAUGCAGAGCUGCUGGACGUGAUCAUGGAGAAGAAGAUCAAUGACAUCAAGCAGUUUAUGCCCGUGGAAGCACGAGAUGCCGAUACCCCGGAAGAGGAGAACGAUUCGGAUGAACCAUGA